AUGGCCUCUCAGGAUGAGAGCAUUGCAAAGCUGACUAAGGAAAAGAAAGCUCUCCAAGAGGUGCACCAACAGACACUGGAUGACCUUCAGGCUGAGGAGGACAAAGUCAACAGUCUUGCCAAAGCCAAAACUAAGCUUGAGCAGCAAGUUGAUGACCUUGAAGGUUCACUGGAGCAAGAGAAGAAGCUGCGUAUGGACCUGGAGAGAGCUAAGAGAAAACUGGAGGGUGACCUAAAACUUGCUCAGGAAUCUAUCAUGGAUCUUGAGAAUGAUAAGCAGCAGUCUGAGGAGAAACUGAAGAACCAACUCCUCAGCAAGAUUGAAGAUGAACAGUCUCUUGGAGCUCAACUUCAGAAGAAGAUAAAGGAGCUUCAGGCUCGUAUUGAGGAGCUGGAAGAAGAAAUAGAGGCUGAGCGUGCUGCACGUGCCAAGGUUGAGAUGCAGAGAGCAGAUCUUUCCAGGGAACUUGAGGAAAUCAGCGAGAGACUGGAGGAAGCUGGCGGUGCCAGAUUGAGGCUGUCAACUCCAAGUGUCCUUGCUGAAUGGAAGCAGAAGUUUGAAGAGGGUCAGGCCGAGCUUGAAGGAGCUCAGAAGGAGGCUCGCUCACUGGGAACUGAGCUUUUUAAGAUGAAGAACUCCUAUGAAGAAGCUAUUGACCAGCUGGAGACCAUGAAGCGUGAAAACAAGAACUUGCAGCAGGAGAUAUCUGACUUGACCGAGCAGAUUGGUGAGACUGGUAAGAAUAUCCAUGAAUUGGAGAAAUCUAAGAAACAGAUUGAGACUGAGAAGGUUGAAAUCAAGACUGCCCUUGAGGAAGCUGAGUUGGAGCUUAACCAAGUGAAAGGUGAGAUUGACAGGAAGCUAGCAGAAAAAGAUGAGGAAAUGGAACAGGUAAAGAGGAACAGCCAGAGGAUCAUUGAGUCCAUGCAAGGGAAUCUGGACUCUGAGGUCAGAAGCAGAAAUGAUGCCCUCAGAAUCAAAAAGAAGAUGGAGGGAGACUUGAAUGAGAUGGAGAUUCAGCUGAGCCAUGCCAAUCGUCAGGCAUCUGAGUCUCAGAAACAGCUGAGAAAUGUUCAGUCGCAGCUCAAGGAUGCCCAACUGCACCUUGAUGAUGCGGUCAGAGCUCAGGAAGACCUCAAAGAACAGGCUGCCAUGGUGGAGCGCAGAAAUGGCCUGAUGGUGGCUGAAAUUGAAGAACUCAGGGCAGCUCUGGAACAGACAGAAAGAGGUCGUAAAAUUCCUGAACAGGAGCUGGUUGAUGCCAGCGAACGUGUUGGACUUCUGCACUCUCAGAACACCAGUCUGCUGAACACCAAGAAAAAGCUUGAAGGUGAUCUUGUUCAGAUCCAAAGUGAGGUCGAUGACACUGUUCAGGAAGCAAGAAAUGCUGAGGAGAAGGCCAAGAAGGCCAUCACCGAUGCUGCCAUGAUGGCUGAGGAGCUGAAGAAGGAGCAGGAUACCAGUGCUCAUCUCGAGAGAAUGAAGAACAAUCUUGAAGUUGCUGUCAAGGACCUCCAGCAUCGUCUGGAUGAGGCCGAGAAUCUGGCCAUGAAGGGCGGCAAGAAGCAGCUCCAGAAACUGGAGUCUCGGGUGCGUGAGCUUGAGACUGAAGUUGAAAAUGAACAGAGACGCGGAGCAGAUGCUGUUAAAGGUGUCCGCAAAUAUGAGAGGAGAGUCAAGGAGCUCACCUAUCAGACUGAGGAGGACAAGAAAAACUGUACCAGGCUUCAGGAUCUGGUUGAUAAGCUGCAGCUCAAGGUGAAGGCCUACAAGAGGCAGGCUGAGGAAGCGGAGGAGCAGGCCAAUAUGCAUCUGUCCAAGUACAGAAAGGUUCAGCAUGAGCUGGAGGAGGCUGAAGAGCGCGCUGAUAUCGCAGAGUCCCAGGUUAACAAGCUGAGAGCCAAGAGCCGUGACUCUGGCAAGGGCAAAGACGCAGCAGAGUAA